GCAGCAGCAGCCGCAGCAGCCGCAGCAGCAGCCACAGCAGCCGCAGCAGCAGCCGCCACCGCCGCCGCCGCAGCAGCAGCAACACUGGCAGUAGCGAGCGACAGUCGCAGAUUUUAGCAAUAGCUGUAACAGAUAGCAACAGUAGCAGCCGCCCUCCCCUCCUCUAUCCCUCGCGUGAACCUGGAUAGCCGCCUCUCUCGCUCAGCCUCUCCAGGAGCCGCGCGCAGCCCGCUGGUGCGGUGGCCCCAGUCGGAGUGAAUGGUGGUGCACACAAGCCACGGACCCUAGGAGCAGCAGGUAGCCGCUGAGGUGCUGAGUUACAGGGCCAGAGUGUGUCAGCUCUACUCCAUCUCGAACCCGAGGCUUUGGUGGCGGCGCCUCGAGGACCGAGCCAAGGAUAGAGGCACGUCCAUCGUGGAGAGCUGAAGCAGAGGCGGCGGCAGCAGCGGCAGCUAGAACAGCUUAGGUAACAGGAGGGCGGGCGGCUUCAAAGCGUUGACUGCGGCCCUGCUGCCUCCAGAGCCCAUUGCCCCAGCCUGACAACGAUGUGCCAGGAGUUGACUUGUUAGCUGGAAAAGACCAAGGAAAUCCUCCAGUACACAUACUGUUAUGGGUCCUCUAGACUCUGAGACCUGAGAAUUAAAGCCCUUUGGGGGAAGAACAUAACUGCCUGCUGGACAGGAUCUACAAGCCCUCCUCAGUUCUAACUGAGGGGGACCAGCAGGUUGGAGAACAUUUAGACUUGGAAUGAAACUGUAAGAGCUUACAUUCAUGGAUAAUCAACAGGAUAAAGCUGUUGUUGCAUCAACCAAUGGAGAAAACACUCUGAUUAAUGGAGUCGAAGAAACUGAUUCAGAGGACCAGGAUGUAUCACUAAAAUCAUUUGCAGCUCUGGAAGCCGCUGCACCCAUGCAGCCUAUAUCGGUACUACAGAAAGAGACCCUGAUGUAUCCCAUGGAUCUCCUACCUCUGCCAUCUAAGAAGCCCUGUAUUCAGAGCCCUCCUUCUCCAUUGGGACUGAUUGAAUCACCUGAGCAUGCUGCUAAUAGUGCUUCUGUGAAUGCCAUCUCCCUCACAUCUGGCGUGGCAAAAGGUCUAAACACCUGGUCACUGCCCAAUGAGUGUGAGAAAGCUCCAUUCAACAUAAUGGAGCCUGCAAGCAUCUCGACUCUAAAUGGGGACUGCCUCAUGCAGCCAAGCCGAACUUGUUUAGGGUGUUUCAUGGAAUCCAAGGAUACAGUAGAUCCUGAGCCAGAGAUCAGUCUGAAAGUUAAUGAUUUCAGUAGAGAUUAUGAAACCUGUGCAGUCUCUGAAAUAGGGAUUCAGUGUAUUAAUACUGGAGAAAACAUGAAAUAUGGAGAGCAGCUGCUCUCAGACCAGCUUCUAGGGUUCCCUUUGCACAAAUCUAGGGUAGGAGAGAGACGAGAAGCUGAAAAAUCUGACAUUGACUUGGAGGAUCAAGCACAGAAAAAUUAUUAUGAGACAUUACUAUUAGAUAAGUGCAAUACGGAAGAGGCUUUACUGGCAAAUUCCAGUCAGGAUUGGGGUUACUUUGAGACUUUCAUUAGUGAGAGUAAGAUUGAAUUGCUCGAUCUCUGCUCCAAGAAUGAACUAUCAGUCAACCUAUUUUCUGAAGAGGAUGUAGAUAACUACAUGUUCGAUGAUGAUGAGUCAACACUGGGCAGUGAUGUCUGCUCCCUGAAAAUCCGUUAUGAAUCUUUCCAGGACAAUGUUCGAGACAAGACUACCCUUCUGAUGCAGGAGGAUGCCCAAUUCAAUUUCUUUCCCAGUGUCUUCACUACCUGCCCCAAGCGGGAGUCUAAGAGUGGGGCCCUGAAGCAGAACAGUGACCUUUCCCAGUUCAAGGUCCCUGACAUGAGUAUCAUCUGGGGGGAGGAAGACAAAAACACAGAUAAGAAGAAAGGAAAAGAGGAAGGACAAGAGGACAAGGGUGUGGAGAAAAAAGGUGAGAAGAAUAGUGGAGAAAAACCUGCCUUAAAUAAACCGUGCAGUGGGACUGAGAUGGAGCAAUUUAAAAAUCCAAAACAAGGCCACCCUGCCAAUUCCUUGGAGGUAUCAGGGAAUUUCAAUAAUGACAAUUCUUUUAUUGAGGUUGCUUAUGAUACUAUGGGAGAUAUCAAGGACUGUAGCCACUAUAUGGCUCGGAGCACUAAUUCUAGCAGCUCGUCAUCCCAGCAGAACUAUGGCCUUCGAGCCAAGAGAAAAGUAAGGUACAGUGAAGAUUAUCUAUAUGAUGUUGACUCAUUAGAAAAUGAGAAAGUAAGCGAGAGGAAAGAAUGGCUGCCAGGCAGUUCCAAAGAAGAAGAUGACGAUGAAUGGUGUCCUAAAAAAAGAAGAAAAGUAACUCGCAAGGAACCCCCAAUUAUUAUCAAAUAUAUCAUCAUCAAUCGCUUUAAAGGGGAGAAGAACAUGUUGGUGAAGUUGAGUAAGGUGGAUGCCUUUGAGACAACAGUGAAUUUGAGUGAGAAUCAGCUCAACAAAUAUGCUAAGCUAGCUCCUUUGAAAGGCUUCUGGCAGAAAAAGAAACAGAGAAACAGCAACACAGAUUCCAACAAGUUAUCCUUAUGCCAAAAGCAUAGCUUUGAACCAGGUAACUUUGAUGCUUCAUUCCUACCUCCUACUCGAAAACGAAAAUCUAAACUUGGCAGCAGGCACAGGAUUCAAAGAAUUCCAUCUACAGAUGCUUCAGCAAGUACUAAGCAAAUUUCAUUCUGCAAUGAUCAGAAACAAACUAAUAGUCGUAAACAAGAGGGAGGCCUGAAAGGUACACUGAAGGCAACACCUGUGACUGCCACUGGCAGUGCAGAUGGAUUGCAUAUAAAUGACAUCACAAGUCUUAACUCUGUGAAAGUCAAAGUCCAAGAUACAGAAUUUAAGGGAACAGAGAGGAAAGUUCUCAAUAAAAUCAAAUUUAAAAGUGAAGCUCGGUUAAAAUCUAGGAAAAUCAAAGCUGGGCAAGAAAGCAAGCCAGCCACUCAAAUGAGCCCUCUCUUGGAAGAUCAAUCUACCAAGGGUACCUUAAAGAAUGAAGCUAUUUCUGGGACCUCAAUCACUUCCCAUCGAUCUGAAUUUCAUGAGGCAAAGAUUGCUAAGAAUUCAACUUUCGUACCAGUCACCUGCUCUUCUGAAAUGCCACUAACAUCUUCUAAUGUCACCACCAAUAUACCUGUUAUACCCGGAGGAUAUCUGCAAACACUGUUAGAUGCUUCUGAUUUGUCAAAUAAUACGAGCAUCUCAUAUUUCACUCACCAUUCUUCAGAGCAAAAUGAAGGCAGCCUCACUCAAACAGAAAAAUCAUUCAUACCUCUCCAGCAUACCCAGGAUUGUGAGCAUUUCUCAGCCUCUGAGACAGAACAGCAGCAGUCAUCCCAAAACUUCAAAAUGGAGUCAACCAACUAUGGAAAUUCGUGGUCCAACAAAUCUGCUUCUGGACCCUGUGAAUUUGUGGUUGAAGUUUCAAGAGAGACAGCUCCAAGCCAAUCUAGUGAAUUAGAAAUCUCCCAAGUAGCCUCCACAGGAAAUAACCUCAUCUCAACAAUACACAAUCCAGUCUGUCCCAAUAGUGGUGACAGUAGUUGCAACAAGGUUCUAUAUGCCUGUGUGCAAGAUACCCAGCUCUCGUCUGAUGAGUCUUAUCAAUUCUAUCACUUUAGUAAUGGUGAGGUCUGCUCUCCCUUCCAGCAGGGCCCAGUCAAUAUCAGUGAUGGUCAGCUCUUCAACUUUGACUCAAUGUCCUCACUCCCAGGCAACUCAAACAAUUAUUGCUCCUAUAAUGUGAAAUCCUGUGAAAAAGAUAGUGAUGUUGAUAUCACUGAUGAUUUUCUGGCCCACUGCAGCCCUAAACUAGUAAUCCAGCAGAGCAUUGAUGAGAUAACACCACUGAAAGAGUCUACUGACCUCCUGGAUAUCUCCAACUUCACUCCUGACAAAUUCCGCCACUCUUCUCUCUCAGAAGUGUCCCCACCUGACACUCCUAGUCUUUCUCCUCAAAUUUCCAUGUGUGAGAGUACCAAGUCACUAAGAACAGUAAAGGGGUUCCAGGAAAGUUCCCCAGGAACACUGAACAGUGUUGAGAAAGUCAAGUGGCAUUGUAAUACCCUCCCACAACAGAUCCAAGUGGAUGAUGGGUUUACUUUAGAUAACCAUCAGUUUCAGUUCCAUAUGUUUAAUGACGAAGAUUCUAUCAGCCUACUCCAAAAAAACCCUUGCCUAUCAACAUUUAAUGAUCCAUCUGGUCAAAUGAAUACCAACAACAAAGUAUCAAAGUCAAGAAAGAAAAAUUCACCCAGCAAGAGUGGGGCUGUGAAUCAAAGCUCUUCUCAGAAAAACACUAGGAAAAAAUCCUCCAAAGCUAACAACAAAGGGAUUGAAAAGCCAUCUGGAAAAACCUCUCGCCAGGUCCCUAAGUCAACAAAGAAAGGAAAAUGUAUGUCUGCAAUCAAUGGAGAGAAAAUGCAAAUUGACAUUAGUCGUAUUGGAGGCCAACUCAAUAACAGUACCACUGGGAAGACAUUGACAGAAUAUAUCCAACACAGUGGUCCUGUGUCCUCUAUGAAAAUGCCAAGUCAGAAGAUUUUUUCUGGAGACUGGGCUUCCAGAAAGGAAAGCAAUCUGGACUGGAACAAAAUGAACAUUGAUACCAACACCAACAAUCUGCUAGAUGAUGACCAACGAGAAUUUCAGGAGCCUUCCUAUAUCUUGUCCAACAUCGCCUCUGGAAUGGCAGAUGUGCAGAGAUUCAUGAUGGCCUCCAUAGAGCCCCUUUGGGAGCCCGUGGAGCACCAUGGGGACCCCAACACAUUGUACUCCUCUGAGUCCAAUAGUCUAAAAUUAAAAACCCUCAAAAUAUUGGCUGGGACACCACAAGAGUCUAAGAAAAAGGUCAACAGUGGGUCCACAGGAGCCACUAAGAAUCACAGGUCCACCAAAGGUAUGAAUAAAUGCAAUGGGAAAGCAGCAAGUGAUCCCAGCCCUGCAAGCAUGCCUACUUAUAGUGAAGAUUCUCACUCUACCUUUUUUGGUAAAAAGUAUAGUAAUCCAAGCAUUUUGGGUAAUAAUGGACCGACACACAAAAAAUUAUAUCGUCACAAAUCCAGCCCCAAGGCUCUGAGAGAUGAGAAAUGUAAAGGAAAGCGCAUGGAACGAGAACAGGUCCACAAGGAUGAAGCUGGGACAACUUCUUUUGAAAAACUGAGGUAAUACUGUACCAAAAUGACCAGUAUGACACACCUUUAUCUUUCCUACUGACUGCUAAGCCCCAAGUCGAUCAUUUUUCCCUUCUUGAAAGCAAAAACAGUGCAUGAAACUGUCCCACUCCCUUCUUUUUCAAAUUAAAAAAUAAGAAAAGACAAGAAUAAGAAGAAAAAGAAGUGCACCAAAAUCCCUAUGCCUUUAAGCCACCCAAAAGAAGCUUGGGCGAUUUUGUUGUAGCUUGGUUAGGGACAAACUCUAAUAAAGCUACUCUUUUCUGCUAUUCAGCAUGGAGUUUUAUCUGUCAAGGAAACAGAACUAAAAUAUGCUCUUGAAUGAUUUUGGGAAGGUAAGGGCUUCACAAUAAGAAAAAGUUUUGAAUGGCACAAUUAAAAAAGUUAAGUAGACAAAAAGCCAAGAUCAUUUAGACAAAAGAGCAUAGCAUAAUUUGGAGAACAAAAAUCUCAUCUUAUGGUAAUUAGGAGUGCUUUCUGGUGCCCCCCUGCUAUAUGUAUCUUGUUCUGCAUCAUACAACAUCCAGUAUGAUGUAAACGUAGUUUAGGCUGUGUGAUCCCCUUGUGGGACAUACACUAAAACUAAGGUGGUAUAAAUAAUUUAGUUUUUCUGCAGGAUUCUGACUACAAUCUCCUAAACGCAGAAACAGCAUUUUGAGUUUUACCUGUGAAGAAGUGACUCAGAUUUUCCAGAAAGACAUUUGAAGUUUGUGUUUUAUUUCUUUCAAAAUAUGGCUUGUGGUAUGUAUGUGACAUGUAAGUGCUCAAAGAAAAGAAUUUUAAAGUGUGGGAAUAAGACUUUGGAAGUCAACCUUAAUCUGAUAUUCUAUGUGAAAGACUUAAGAAGUCAUACAGUUGCACAAGUAGUUCAUGCACUAUUUACCCACAAAGGGGAGGAAGGAAAAGAUUGUGCCAAACUACAAACAAGUGACUGUAUUGUAUAUAUUUUUACUUCUAUAUCAACUUUUGGUUGUGAGUACGUGGGGAGUGUGUCCCUAUUGAUUUACUAGAAACAUUCCAGUGAUUUUGCUAUUAACCACUCCCACUUAUGUGGAUAGCACCUUUAGAUCACAGUGGAAAAAUAUGUUGUUUUACACAGUUUACCAAAACUUAAAGGGUACUGCUUGAAAUGUGCCAAAUUCCCUUGCCUCAUCUCAGAUUCACCCCACAGUUUAAAGCUUAUUAAUGAAUUUUUAAUAUAUUUAUGAAUACAUACAUUAUUUAAAAUUUUUACACUACUGUCUUAUGUGAAAACAUGAACAAUUAUAAAGGGCACAAUAAAGGUUUAUUUGUCCCAUUGCCUAAGGGUUGAAAUGUUAGAAAAGUAUGGAAAUCAUAAAACCUAAGUCCAUCAGGGACCCAAGUAUAUGCAUUUACAGAAACUUUUACAAGGAAACAACUGCUUUAAAGUAUGUUUUUAAAAAAGCAAAAUCUGUAGCUGAAAUUAUUUAAAGUACAAAGUUAUAUUGCUGAUACUUUAUAUCUCAGUUUUAUAUAUUUUAUAAUAGCCUGGGAUAAAUUAUAAAAUAACUGUAAAAGCAACACUAAAGAUAAAUGAAGUACAUAGAUUGCUUUUAUUUAAGUAGCCUCCUAAGUGUUUUAUUAUUCCAGUUUUGUCAAAAGUGCAUUCAUAUCAUGGCUUUAUUGUUCUUUAAGUGUUAACCUUGCAAUGCCAAUGUCAUUAAAGAAAAUGCUAAGGCUUCUCAGUUUGACUCCUCUGGGUUAUGUACAUAUAUCAGACUAAUUGAAUAAUUUGUGACAACAACUAAUGAGAGUCAUAUACACUUAAUCUGAGAAUGACUAGUAUUUGAUGCCACAUACUAAACAUAAAUCUUAAUUUUAUAUGAACUUUUGAAUUUGCAUUUUUUUAUCCAGCCCUCUCCCUUUUAAAAAAUGUUUCCACAGCUUCAACAUCCCUCACUACUAGCUUUUUCUUCCCUCUUUUUUACCGCUUGACUUCUAACAUGUGAUCUAUUUUCCUUGCACAGUUGAAGGCCUAUGUGCCUAAUGACUGAUGCAUUAUGGCACAGAUGAGAUAAUGAAUGUGAAGGCGCUUUGUAGAUCGUAAAGUGCUAUACAGAUAUAGGGGAUUAAUAUUAUUAAUGUUGUUGGUUGUUGUUGUUGUUACUCUUACUAUUCUUACUAAUAUUGUUACUAACCUAUUGACUUGUGAAUAUAUAGACUGUGGGUGGGAGGGUGGAGAAUAAGUGGGUGGGGAAAGGGGAAUUUUUAAAAAGGGAAGAUGUUUCAAAAGGAAAAACUUAAGCAAAAUAUGAAUCUACCUAGUCAUUGCCACCUAAUGAUAUUCACAGAGAUGCAACAUUUAAAAGUAGAGAGAAGUGGAAGGAAGCCUGUGACAUAUUAAAGUAUACAUACUUCCCAGUCCAUGAUUCUUUUCACCAGCCUGCUCUACUACUUACAACUAGGUAGUAAAAUAAGCCCGUGUUCUUGAUCUUGACUGUGUGUGUCUCUGGGGAAAAGUGGGUGAGAAGUAUUUUUUUAAACUACUUCAGGCCCAUUCCCAGGCUUUGGUGCUCUGUGUGCUGAGAGUCCUAGAAAAAUUACUUAGUGGAAAGACACCAGAUGAAACUUAUCUCCUGCUCUACAGCAGUCAUCCGAAAGAGAAAACAAUCAAACUGGAACACUUUCUUCUAUUUCUCCACUUUGAUAGCUCAGUGUUUGUACUAAAGGAUAUGACUAGUUCCUAGAAAUGGUCUUUGUUUUGUCUUCGCUUUUUCUGUUUUGAAACUGAAUUUUGACUUGGAAUCACCAACUCUGCCUGUAUUGUGAUUCCCAAGACUCCAGAUCUCAAAGCAACUUGCUGCCUUAGGGAAUGGAGUGCUUUCUAUGUAAUCAAAAGGUGGAAAUUAAAGAAGAAAUGAAGAAAGUGUUCCAUGGGUACAUUGUGUUUUAUAAAAAUAAAUAAGGAGCACUUGACCCAGUUUCCUUCAGUAUUAGUUCAGUUUUGGAUAAUGUGGUGGAUGUGAGGUAAGAGGAGAGCCCAAAACUGUUAAAAAUAAAUUUCUUAAUCAGAAUUUACUAUCAUAAGUCCUUUGGAAUGGAUACUCUUUCAUUUGCUCCUAUGGAGCCCAAUAAGGGCCAAUUCUAGGGCAUACAUAAUUCACCCCUUCUUCUGAAGAAAAUUGCCAUUUUAAAAUCUGUUUUCAAUUGAUCUACAAUGUAUUAUGUUUUUAAUAUAUAGACUAGUGACUCUUAACCAGUCGUUUUGUAGUGAAACAUAAGAAGAAACUGAGUUUCAGAAAUGGACAAUAAGACAAAGCAUGUGUUCAUUCUCUUAAGUGCAGUUAUAUUCCUCUCAGUACAUUAUGAUCUGAGUAUCUUCAGUUUUUAGAGCUUCAUUGAUCCUGUCUCUGCUCUCACAAUUCUUUUUUUUUCCCUGUCACAGCACAGUAGGCCCAAUUUUUGGAGAUCCUUUAUUCAACUAGCUGCCUUAGUGGAGUGCGGACCAAGGAUAUAAAAAUAGUGUUUUGCUCUGUUACUGAUAGUUUGAGUCAAACGUGGAAUUUAGUCAUAAAUUCUUGACUGUUGCUCCUUUCUGAUCUCUAUUCUUGAGAAGCUGUUUCCUAGUAACAGAGUCUCAUUUAAUGAGAUUUGGAAAUGGUAUCCUCCUUUAACCAUCUAAUUUAAUCCCAAUCCUUAGUUUUAGAAAAUUUCUUCUUUUAUAGUCUUAUAUUUCAUUUUCCCAAGUUGUCAGGAAAUAAGAACCUUAGCUAAAUAAACUACUUUCUUCCAGAAGAUCAUAGGAGAAAAUUUCCACUCUUAUAUUUAACUGCCUUGGUCAUUUGCAAAUCUAAUUUAAAGUACACAUCCCAAAACACAUGUGGAAUUAUAUUACAUGACUGAGGAAAUUUAGAAAUUCCUUUUCUUUGACAAUUAUUUGAUAAUCCCAUUACUGAUCUGGUUGGUCACUGGACUGUGUAGAGCAGGGUGCUGUAACAGUGGCCUUGACCAUGAUUCCUUGAGACUUUGGGGGUUACAUUUGGACUGUAAUAACUAAUGUGAACCAGUGGCCUCUUCAGUGUCUCAUUUGACAGCUUCCUCACAUAUGCUGCUGCUUCCUUCUUGAUUUCUCCUCUGAUUCCUUGUUACUCUCUGCAAAUAUAUGUUAAGGCCUUAGCUUUUCCUAAAUGUUUUCAAACCUCCUGCACUACUUUGUCUACUUGUCUAUAACUUCUUUACCAUCUCUCUAAAGUCCUUGGUGCUAGAUGAGCUUUUGUGAUUGAUGGCUUUCCCCAUCACGGAUCUUUUUCCUUGCAUCUGUAUGUUGGGGGUGGGGUGGGAUGGGGAGAUAUGUGAUUAAGGGAAAGAAGCAUAAAGGAUACUUCACAGGUUAUGAAUAACUCUGGCUAGCAUUGUAUUGAUAUAUCCUGUUGUGUGAGGUUCUGCAGUUGUAGUGAAUUUCCAUUUUAGUAAUUCUGAUCAGUGUUUCAUGCCUAAAACAGGAAAAUCAUAUCCAAGGACAUUUUUAACAAGCUUGCUUUUAUCAGACCUAGCCAAUCUAGUGCAGAUCUGCUGCAUCUUCAAUUUAGGAAUGCCCUCAGAGCAGCUUCAAGAAUUAAAUUCAGAGAGCUAAGCAUCUGCAGUGAAGAGAAUGGGACACUACCUAAUUCUAACUAGUUGGUAGAACUGUUUGUUUUCUCCUGUACAGUUGAGAAAUCAUCUGAUUUAGAGAGUGUUCAGGGUGGGAGAGAGAGCAUAAUGGUUACGCAAAGAGACUGUCAUGCCUGAGGCUCCAAAGGCCCAGGUUCAAUCCCCUGUACCACCAUAAACCAGUGAGCAGUUCUCAAGAAAGAAGGUUCAUCAACUAUUUAAAUAUGGUCCAUCACUACAGGAUUCUUUUCCUGAAAUAAAGUUAUAUGAAAUGUAUUUGUUUUCUAAUCACAAAAUUCACUAAGCUCAUCAUUAUGUUUAGAAGGUUUAGUACCAAAACAUUUUAGUAAUAGAGAUCUUGUCAGCACAGUGUAGUCCAGAGAUUUUGUAAAGGUUUCUCAAGGACCCAAAUGAGGAAGAAAAUAUUUAGCUGGGCUGUUUAAUUUGGGAAGCACUGUCAUUAAUUAGCUUGAGGGUCCUCAGCCAACAUGAGAUUAUUUUGAUGGCGGUACUCAGGCUAUCCUUUCCUGCAUGUCUAUUUUACUCAGAGCAUUUAACAGCUACAAUCAUGAUGCACAGCUCCCACGGCAGCUACAUGAUACUUGAAAUAACUCUUGGCUUCAGAUUCAUAGUUAAGAGAUAAGUGUUAAAAGGGAGAGACUUACUACAAAAAUAAGGGUACAAAUGAGGCUUUUAAAAUUAAUAUCUGGGUAAAUAAAUAUUAAAAGUACUGAAGAAAUACAUCAAUUUGAGAUGGAAAGGCUGUCUAUCUAUCAGACGCUGGUUCCUGGGUCUUAGAAUGGCACUCCCUUCAAAAAUAAGAAAGGAGAAUUUAAAUCAUUCUGCCUCUUUGAGAGAUGCUUGAUUUUACAGCACAAAAAGAAAAGGCAUAAAAUGAAAACUAGAAGAGGCCUUGUGGUUUUGACUCCCAGUGAGCUGGGUAAAAAGCUUAAGAAGCUUUACUGGGAAACCUGUAGCACUGGCUAGAAUUUGCUGCCUACAGAGAUUUGAAUGUAUUAGUCCUUAUUUUAAUCUCUAUAAAACUGAAUGCACCUCUUUAGUAAAUUACUGAUUUAUGGUGCUAAAGAAAAAUGAUUAUCCCCUAUUUUCUCCUCUUUCAAGCCCCUAAACAUUUAAGAAAAUAAAAACAUUAGAGACCCUCUUUAUGAAUGUAACCUAAGUUUCUGUUUGACAUAUGACACUGCAACUUUAAAAUAUUAGGAAAUAAUUUGCCUUUUUUAGAGUUAAGCUUUAUAAAUAAUCUGUAGAGCCAAUUGAAGUAAAAAAAAAAAAAAAAAGAAGAAGAAAACCUUAAGGAUCACCCUUAAGAUGCCUACAAAAUCUUGUAUAUUUUUAAGUGUGCCAAUUUGUAACAUAUUUUGUAAGUGUAUAUUUUUCUUAGAAAAGUGCUGUGAAGUGUCUGUAUGUAAGAGUUUUCCUUUUUCUGCACCACCAGGUGCUAAUAAAAGGAUGUUUAUUUCAAAGUUUCUGGUUUUAGAAACCACAAUACAAAGAAAAAUACACUUUUGUUGGAAAUUUUGUAACACAAAACAUGUUGUGAAAGAGUGUAGUAAUCUUGUGCAAAAGAAAAUGGACAUUUGUGAGCUUCUUGCUGUUUUAUAGAUUUUCUUGUAAAUUAUUCUUGUAAUACCUCUGGUUUUGUUGUUCUUGUUGCAAAAGUUUUAAAUAUUUGUGACUGAGUGUGUGGUGAAUUUGUCAUAAUGUUACUUAGCUGAGUUUUGUUAUUGUUUAUGAAAUAAAUAAAAAGAUAAGUUUAAAGUA